AUGGAACUAAAAAUAUCGAAAAGCUUGACAGCAUUCCAAAAACUAAAUUCCCUUACAACAUUUACUAGGAAUAACUAUGAAACUUCUCUGUUGAUGGAAGUGGUUGGAAUUGCUGUAAUACAGUCUUCCCUCAAUAUAAGUGUUGCAAUUUCUGGUUUAACUAUAUUAUCAAUUAUAAACGACUUACUGCCUUUGGCUGCAAUUAUAUUCCCUAUAUUUUUCCUUCAGGUGAAGAGGCGAAGCUCAGAAGAAUGCUCUAUUCAGUGGACUACAGGAAUAGCUGAAAUUCAGCUUCCAGUUGAGUACGUUUGGCUCUAUUUAUUUGUUGGCUUAAUUUCAUCCGUUAUUUCUCAUAGUGAAUUGCUCACCUCGUCUUCGUUACUUUUUAACUUAAACUACAACCAUAUAAUGGCAGAGCAUCCUGAGCUUUACGAGGGUAAAGGUGAAGACAAUAUUGGUCCAAUUUCUAGACAUUCAGAUUCAGUUACUGAUGUAGCAGCUCGAAGGCCAGCUGCAACAGACCAGUUAAUGCUUGAGCGAUUUCAGAAGCAACAACACCAUCGUCUGAUGUACCACACCAAAGCAUUCAGAUGGCCUGAGAAAUAUCACUAUAAUGCACCAAAGCAGCAUUCAUAGCCAUUACAAUCACUUUUUAUCAAGGCAAAACGUGAA